GCAGGCUCGAGUUUUUUCAGCCGGGAGUGGGGAGUAAUAUGUCCAGACGAAAACAGACCAAUCCUUUCAAAGUCAAUUGGCCGUUUCAAACCACAGGCUCAGCUGGCCCUAAAUGCACAUUGAAGAUGAAUUCUAGAGGUGACUUUACUGAAAACAGUGAGUGCCACAGCAACAAUUCCCAAGAACCUGAAGACCAAGACAGCAUGACUGAUGACAGUGACAGUGACUUGGAUAAUCCUGGUGAGGACUCUUCUUCAAACACCUCAGCCGAUGACAGCAUGGCGAGCAACAAGAGGAAGCUGUGCUCUUUACAAGAUGGAGAGGUAAAGGAGGAGAGUAAAGAGGGGACAGAGCACGGGAACAGUUAUGUAUGUCCCCUGUGCACUCAGGAGUUCAGCAGCCCUGAGCAGCUCAUUGCACAUGUUUACCAGCACACAUCGACCGUGGGUGGCAAUAAGAGCUAUGUGUGCCCAGUGUGUGGGCGGGCCCUCAGCUCUCCAGGUUCUCUUGGACGCCACCUUCUCAUUCACUCUGAAGAUCGUCUGUCUAACUGUGCUGUGUGUGGAGCACGUUUCACAGACACCAACAACUUCAACAGGGAGAAGCUGAAAGAAUUUCUGAACACUGGCAUGGAGAGCAGUAGUUGUGAUGAGACCUGUUCCAUGUCUCAGUCACUCUCCAACAACCCCAUGACCAACCCCAUGACCAACUCCGAUUCCAGCCCUGCACCGGCUCUGCCCCCUUUGCCCGAUGGUCUCCUGUCCUCUGCUCCCUCCAUUCCCUCCCUCCCAGAUACUCUAAGUCCCUCCAGCACAAGCCUGCCCCCACUGCCAGACCUUCUCAGCCCCAUGCCUGUGUACCCUGCUGGGGUACUGCUGGUAUGUAACAGCUGUGUGGCUUACCAGCAGCUUGUGGAGUCUCAGUCACAAUCAGUGAGAAAGUGGGCCGUGCGAAGGAAGAACGAGCCAGUGGAGGCGCGAAUGCAGAGGCUGGAACGCGAGCGCAUGGCUAAAAAGACCAAACGGGCGUGCGAGACGCCCGAGGAGCGGGAGCUGCGGAGGUUGCGGGACCGCGAGGCCAAACGACUGCAGAGGAUGCAGGAGUCGGAGGAGCAGCGAGCGCGCAGGCUGCAACGCGACCGAGAAGCCAUGCGACUGAAGAGAGCCAACGAGACACCCGAGAAAAGGCAGGCGCGACUCGUGCGCGAGAGGGAGGCUAAGCGGCUAAAACGACGUCUUGAGAAGAUUGACCCCUCGCUGCGGACACAGAUUGAACAUGAUCCUGCAGCUCUGGCUGCCCUCACAUCUGAUAUGAACCUUUUUCAGUUCCCCUUUACUAUGCCUGUUCCACCCAUGGACAACGGUCUGUUUCUGAAGCUGCCUUAG